AUGUCCCCCUUCUUCCAGACGUGCACGCCGGCCAUGGACACCUGCGUUGAUGGCGCCUGCGACGACGUGGAACGUCUCAACAAGUUCAUCUGUCCACAAGACUGCACGAAGGUUGGUCCGCGUGGGGAGUGGUUGAAAAACAGCCUGACUGGUCAAGGCAUCGCCCAGGCCAAGGGCACGUGCUGGUGUGACCACAACGCGAUCUGCACGUGCGCCAGCGACUACCAGAACGUGACGACGACGACACACACCCCACUACAGGGCUACCGGCAACUGACGGAACGGGUCACCAAGGCAGACAUUACGGAAAUGGUGGAGAUGAAAAUUGAGAAACUGGAGUCGUGUAACAAGAUUUGUAAGAUUGUCGUCGCCUCCUCGGUCGCGGGGCUUCUCAUCAUGGCGCUGGUGGGCUUCUCCCUGUGCUGGCAGCGCCGUCACCGACAACGUCGUUCUCAAGGUUUGAAAGACGUGACCAGCAUCAUCUACAUGACGUCAUUGCCCUCUGACUACGCGGAGGAUCGCGAGCGCCGUCCAUCUAACAUAUCACACCAGUGUUCACCCAGCAAGAACGACGUGGGCGACUUGGACGCGAAGUGGGAGUUCCCCCGCCAACACCUGGUUCUGGAGGAGACCCUGGGGGAGGGGGAGUUUGGUCAGGUGGUCAAGGCGCGGGCCUGGGGGCUGGAAGGGGACGAGAAGUGGAGCCAAGUGGCGGUGAAGAUGCUCAAACCAGAUGCAACUGGUUCUGAGUUCCAGGACCUCUGGUCUGAGUUAAAUCUACUUAAAGAAGUCAAUCAUCCGAACGUAAUUCGCCUGUUAGGCGCUUGCACACAAUCAGGACCAUUCUAUGUGAUAGUUGAGUUCUGCCAGUUCGGAUGUCUGAAGAGUUAUCUGCGCAGCGCGCGAUUCAACGGACGUCCUAGCUGGGACGAGAGGCAGGACGCUUCCGGCUGUAACCGGAAACGGAACCCCAUCACACUCUCGCUUUCGCAUUUGCUGUCGUUUGCGUGGCAGAUAGCAAAAGGCAUGGAGUAUAUUUCUAUCAUGAAGUUGAUUCACCGUGACCUGGCCGCUCGUAAUAUCCUGGUGGCCGAGGACAACUUAGUGAAGAUCUCCGACUUCGGGCUUAGUCGGGAUGUGUACGAAGCCGAUACCUACCUGAAGAUGAGCAAGGGUCGGAUUCCCGUGAAGUGGAUGGCCCCCGAAUCGCUAUACGCUCAGAUCUACACCACGAAGAGUGACAUAUGGUCAUUUGGAAUAGUACUAUGGGAAAUCACUACACUUGGCGCCAACCCGUACCCGGGCAUAGUUCCUGAGCGACUGUUCAGUCUCCUCAAGACCGGAUACCGGAUGGACAGACCGGAUGACUGCACAGAGGAAAUGUACGCCGUGAUGCAGAAAUGUUGGAAGACCGCACCAGAACAACGUCCUUCAUUCACAUUACUCGCCAACAUCCUCGACAGCAUGCUACAACAACACAGGGAAUACUUGGAGCUGAGCAAUGAAGUUACCUAUACAGAAACCGUUUCAUGCAAUGAAGAAGACAGAAACGACCUUGAUGACGUCGAAAACGGAUAUGGCAGUAUCAGCCGAAUUUCGCCGACCCCGAGUCAUCUGACGGAAAUACCCGAGUCUCCGGAAGAUAACGAGCUGAGUGACUGUGAAGAAUAUGAUGCCUUUCUGCCGAAACCGGAUCAGUCGUCGGCAGCCCCCAAGAACACCCCGUCCGCCCUGAAAACGUGGGGUCUGCACGUAUCUGCUGCUGGCAAUAUGUCCACAUAA